GGUAUUAACAAUCAUGUUUCCACCAGUACACAGUCUUGUCACCUUUCUAUAGAGUCUUUAUGCUGUGCCUUUACUGUAGACAUCGAUUGCCACGUUCUACCUGAGAUCACAAAGGUCCUACCAUCUUCGUUUGUAAAUGUUAAACAUUUAUCCAUACCUUCAGGCCUUACAUUGGCAGACCCGAACUUUAACGUUCCGUCGGCUGUCGACAUUCUAGUAGGGGCUGAAGUAUUUUGGAAUGUCAUAGGGUCAAACACGAUAGACUUAGGAAAAAAUCUACCUAAAUUGUGCGAAACUAAAUUUGGAUGGCUUGUAUCUGGUAGUAUUUCGCAUCAAUCUAGUUUUCUUUCCUCUGCGUCUACUCACUUUUGCCAUCAUUCCAGCGUCACUCCCGACUUAACUCAAUUUUGGGAGCUUGACCAAGUCUCAUCUAAGCAUUCGCUCUCUCUUGAAGAGAGAAUGUGUGAACAACAUUUUGCAGAAACCACCGUCCGUAAUAGUGAUGGCGCGUUUGUUGUUAAAAUGCCUUUUAAGGAAGAUCCAAGCUCGCUAGGACAUUCUUAUGUUAAUGCUAGGAAUCGUUUCCUUUCCCUUGAGCGGCGAUUUAAGCAUGAUCCUUCCUUUCACAGUAAAUAUAAUGAUUUCUUGCGUGAGUACGAGCGCUUAGGUCAUAUGACAUUAGACACGGGCUGUACUCCUUCACCUGAAAAUUCCAAGACAAAAUAUUUCAUUCCACAUCAUGGAGUCAUUAGGGAUUCUAGCACCACUACUAAACUACGCGUAGUCUUCGACGCAUCAGCCCCUACAAGUACGGGAGUGUCGCUUAACGACAUUCAGAUGGUCGGUCCGGUAGUGCAAGACGAUCUGUUUUCCAUUUUAACACGUUUUCGUCAGCACAAGUACGUGGUCUCAGGUGACGUAGAGAAGAUGUAUAGAGGUAUCCAGCUCAGUCCAGACCAGCGCUCUCUUCAAAAAAUUGUUUUUCGUUUUGAUCCAUCAGAACCUCUCAGAUCUUACACAUUAAAUACAGUGACCUACGGUACUGCGUCUGCUCCUUAUUUAGCCACCAAAUGUUUGGUAAGUUUGGCCGAUAACAUUGAGGAUAAUCGGGUAAAGAGAGCCAUACAGCGCGACUUCUACGUCGACGAUUAUUUAAGUGGCGGGAGCACCAUAUCUGACACUGUAGAUAUAACAAAAGCAGUAAGAUCAGUUCUUUCAUCGGCUAAAUUUAACUUACGCAAAUGGCGUUCAAAUAACGUAGAAAUUUUAAAACAAAUUAAUUCAGAAGUAGUAAAUAACAAUGAUAAUAACACUCUUCAAUUUUCUGAGCAUGGUCUCAACCCAGCUCAAUCUAAAACCCUAGGGCUUAAUUGGGUUUGUGACUCUGAUUCACUCACUUACACAAUAAAUAUAACGUCUGCUAAUAAAGUCACUAAACGUCACAUCCUCUCUGUUAUCAGUCAGAUUUUCGACCCACUGGGCCUCGUAGGUCCGUGCGUUGUCGAGGCGAAAAUACUAAUGCAGCGUCUUUGGCUGAAUAAAUACGACUGGGAUGAUGCAGUAUCGCUCGAGGUGACUGAUGCCAACAUCACGAGCCUGGAUCGCUGGAAGAGGAUCCAGUACAUCAGACAGCACUUCUGGGGACGCUUCCAUAAUGAGUACACUUCUCUGCUGCAGGCCAAGUCAAAGUGGUUAAAUUCCAGAGGCGAAGUGACACCAGGGUCCUUAGUCCUGAUCAAGGACAAGACGACGCCACCGCUGCUCUGGUCCCUGGGUCGGGUCACUAAGACCUAUCCCGGCGUCGACGGAGUCACGCGGGUGGCUGAGCUAAAGACGAGGAGGGGCACCAUUCGUCGUGCCUUCAACUGCAUCUGCCCGCUCACUAUCGGAGACUUUUGAAGAGCAUCCUUCAACCCGGGGAGUAUGUCGGCGCACCUCAGCGAGCAACCGCGAUGGCGACCGAAGGGAGUGCUGCGGAGGCCGGGGCGGGGGCUGCCCCGGCUGGCGAGCCCGCGGCCGCGCUCCCUUCACUUCUCCCUGCGACGCGCUUGACCACGGGCACUUACUUGUUUUCUUGUUUAUCUUGUAAUUUUAACGGCAUUAAAAGCCUAUGUAAUACAGUC